CCACGUGAAGCAUGCAGCUCGAACCCCCCGGCCCCACAGGCCCAGCAGGAGGGUUCCACUGCGACUUCUGCGGGAACCCUCGACGCUGCACCAGUCCGGCAGCAAGGAGAGACCAUGACGGCCUUCCUGGUCCGCCUGGGCACCUACAUGCAGCAGGUCCAAGAGGAACAGCAACGUGAGGCGGCAGCCGAAGCGGCACGCCUCAAUGCCAUUGCACACGCGGAAGAGCAACGACGCCGGCAGCAAGCUGACGCAGCUGCCAACCACAACAAAGCUCGAAGAGAUGCCGCGUCUGUCCUCAUGCAGCAGGAAGCCGCUCAUACCGCCACACUCCAAGCAUGGCAUGUUGAUCCGGCGGAAACGACGGAACCAACUGCGGAGGACCAGACUAAGUCAGCUCUCGCCAGCAUGAUGCACCAAGUCAUCCUCACUUGUAACUGGCAACAAGUGGAGCUGGCUCGGCAGGCACGUACCAUCACUGAGUACGAGGAGACUCUCAAGAGCCUCCGCGCCGCUCAUACCGCACGUACCAUCACUGAGUACGAGGAGACUCUCAAUAGCCUCCACGCCCGCCUCGACAUACUGGAGAAGGAUGGCGUGCCGCACAGGCACACGGCAUCGUCAAGCAUGGAUCCACCGAUCCGCGAGCUGGAGGAACGACUGGAUAACUUAGUCGCGCUUGUCGGAAAUUUGAACAGUUUCCGACACCCGGCGACCAUCAGCCAGCAAAUAGCCGCCCUACAGGCGGAUCUGCGUCAACUGCAGCAGCAACCAACUGGGACCUGCAACAACGUGAUGCCGAAACAAUUCAAGAUGUCAAAGUUCAGCAUCGACAGAUUUGAUGACUACCACAAGGCGGACCCCAUCAGUUGGUGGCAAGUGUUCACCAAUGAGCUCUCCAUCCACUUGGUCCCGCCCGAGUCGAAGAUCUCAGCACUUUACCUCUGCAGCACCGGUCCCAGCCAAGUGUGGCUCAACCACCUGGCUCAAACCGAGGGCGUCGAAGUCUCUAAGCUUCACACCAAGAUCACUUGGGAGGCCAUGACUGAGAAGUGGCGGAAACGCUUCAUCGUCGACGACGCUCAACGCAAAGGCGUGAACCGGAUCUUCAACAUGCAUCAAGGCAGCCAGCCAACACGUGAAUGGCUAACCGAGUGGCAGAAAAUCGUGACAAUUCCGAAUUUGGACAUCGCAUUCGUACAUCUUCGUCGCGAAUUCUUCCAGCGGUCAGUUGACGCAUUGAGCACGGCCCUUGGGGAGCGCAGCCUGUACACGGACUUCGACCAGAUCGUGGAGAAGGCGCGCCAAGUCAUCCAAACCAAUCGGUGGGCAGCCAACGAACGGCGAAGCCAACCGACUUUUGUGGAAAAGGGCAAAGGCCCGCGGCCGCAGCAAGUCGCUACUGUCCAAGGAAAUGGACAAGAGAACGACCAGGCGAUGACUCACGAGUCUAGUGAAGGAGACGGACAAAGAAGAUGUCCGUCUACGGCAAAGCUCGAGAAACUGAGCCUCGCUGGAAGUGAGGCGAUUCCACUUCCUACUCCGCCGGACACGAUUGCCUUGCUAACAACCUCCUCCACGUCCAGGGAACAUGCGUAUGUCGCCAUUCUUCGCGAAGAUUAUGAAGACUAUGCUGUCCAGCUGGUCCCGCCGUUGGACCAACCUCAACACGUGCAAGAGUCUUAUGCGUGCGCGACUUCAUCACCAUCGCCAAGCGAACCAGCAUCCUCGCCAACGUCGCUCGGGGACUCGUCGGUGUGGUCUAGACUUGAGGAACUCGACCCAUUGACACCGGAGGACUUCCAAUGGUUGCCUCUUCCCCCAUCUGGUUCCUUGCCGAAGUCGCAUUGCAACGCCCUAAUGGCGGAGUUACGCAACUACUUGCACGCUGCAGUACCAGCUCCGUUGAUGGAAGACGGAGUAGCGGUUGUUGACCUUCGCGAGUACAUUGCGAAGAUUGACCGCGAGUACGCCACGCAACGCGAGGACCACCCGGUGAACUUCUACCGCCGCACCGUUCACGUUCGUGACCGGAACAGGGUACUUGUGCCAUGUACGGUCCCCCCACCUCAUCCUUCGAUUGGUUGUCACGUGGUCUCCACGACAAGCAUUCGCAACUCCAUGGCACGGACCGACGUGGAGGAAAUGGGCAUUUGUUUCUUGCACGCCCUCCCUCCUCCCAACGAGCCAACGGCGGAACAGCCACCGAAUCCACGCAUUGUACAACUUCUUGACUCCUAUGGCGACGUCUUUGAAGCCCCCGCCGGAAUUGUACCGAAUCGGCCAAUUCGUCACGAGAUCAUCCUCGAAGACGGGGCCGUACCUUCGCGCGGAUGUAUUUACUGCAUGAGCGAGGAGGAACUCGAAGUGCUUCGAACGCAACUCGAUGACCUCAUUGACAAGGGCUGGAUUCGCACUAGCAACUCGCCCUACGGUGCACCUGUUCCCUUCGUUCGGAAGAAGAACAAGGAGCUACGCUUAUGCAUUGACUAUCGCAAGCUUAAUGCUCAAACCAUUAAGAAUGUCGGCUCGCUUCCAUGGAUCGACGAUCUUCUCGAACGCUUGGGCGGCGCCAAGUAUUUCUCCAAGUUGGACCUCAAAUCCGAUUACCACCAGCUCAAGAUCCAUCCAAGAGAUAGGUACAAAACCGCGUCCAAGACACGGUACGGGCACUUCGAGUGGGUCGUAAUGCCAUUCGGCCUCACGAAUGCCCCGGCCACCUUCCAAGCGGCAAUUACAACGGAGUUUCGCGACAUGUUGGACCGCUUCGUGCUCAUCUACCUCGAUAACAUCUUGGUGUAUAGCCGAACUUUGGACGAGCACAUCGUGCAUCUACGUGUUGUUUUGGACAGGCUUCGUACGGCCAAGUACAAGGCCAACCGAGCCAACUGUGAAUUCGCACACGACCACGACACUCGGUUCAUGUCGGCAUUUUGGACCUCUUUCAUGAAAGAGUCCGACAAGGAGAUGAAACCAAGUUCGGCUCGGCAUCCGCAAACGGACGGGCAGACGGAGCGGGCACAUCAAACCGCUCAAGUAAUGCUUCGCACACUCAUCCGUACGGAUCAGAAGGAUUCGGUGGAUCGCCUCCCCGACAUCGAGAUCGCCUACAACACUUCGGUGCACCCGGCGAUCGGCGUGACUCCGUUCGAGUUACACCACGGUGGUCGGAAAGGCCGCAUCUUCGCUGAUCUUCCUUUUCCAAGGACUGCCGACAUUGACACCGCUUGUUCGCCCGCCUCCGUUCGGAAGUAUAGGGACUUGCUGGCUAAAGCCCGCGCCAACAUGCAAAAGGCUCAAGUCCUACAACAAGCUAACAGGCGUCGCAUGCCAUGCCCCAUCCGCGUCGGCGACCUUGUUUGGGUCUCCACCGAAGAGUUUGCACUCGAGCAGGAUGUAUCCCGCAAGCUACUUCCAAAGUGGUUUGGACCAUGGCCCAUCACAUCAGCCGCGGGUGAUGAGCCCGAUGGCCCUUCAUUUGUGAUCGAAAUCUCGCCACACCUCACAGUGCACCCGGUUUUCCACGCCUCCAAGCUGGCCACAUACACACCAGCCAAGAGCGACGACUUCUCGGGACGACGAUCACAGGACCCUCCUUCCAUGGAUGGUCAUCAGGAAGUCGACCUCGUCAUCACGCAUCGCAAGCACGACAACAAGCCUAUGUAGUACAAAGUCAUAUUCACGUGGUGCGACCCCGAUGACAUGCAAUGGAUUUCCCGGGCAGCUUUGCGA